UUAGAGUUUAAAAACGAGUCAGGAGGUUCACGGAUAAGCACGAAAUGCAGACUCUCGAGGAGUACCUUGGCAACGGUGUUCUCGCGGGAAGCAGUAAGGUCUUCACCACAAAUGGCUACGACGACGUCCACUCGCUCAAGUCCAUGACCAAGAACGAUAUGAAAUCUCUCGGUCUCACUAAACAGCAGCAAAAUGCCUUGGAGCUGAGAGCUUUCUUAGAUGAUCGCGGGCUUUUCCAGUACGCAGACGCCUUGGAGGCAACUGGAAAGACUUUGGCCGAUCUCCGCAGGGGCAGCUCGUUCGUCUUGAGCACCCGGUACGGCAUGAAGAAGGGACACGCUGCUCGCUUCAUGGAACAGGAGAACCCUCUCGAAAAUCGAACCUCCAUUCGAGGGUGCUGCUUUUUCACGUUCACAUGUGUGUGCAGUUGAGGGCGCUUAGCACGGGAUGUGAAGAGU